CUCCAUUAACAUUAGAUUAUCGUGAGUUGCCACUGUGCAGCGGCAGAAAGGCCUACAUCUUUGCUUCUUUCCUCGUUAAGUUACUCACUCUACUGUCAGAACGAUGUCCUCGCGUAAAGACGGCUCUAGUAGGAAGCGGAAAACAUCUGGGCCGGCGGCAGAGGAUGGUGCAGCGGCUAAUGUUCUUGCUGCGCCGCCGCAGCAACCACAUGUUCGUUUCCAAUUAGAUGAGCGUCCCGCAAAGCGCCGGACCGUCCUACCAACUGAGUUUGUGCCAGUGCGGGGAACAUGUGCCAUCAAGCCCGCGGAAGUUGCGGCCGGCCGACAAGAGCUUUGGCUCAUACAGGUUCCCGGUAGUCGGGGGAUGCAGGUGUUGGCCGAAGCAGGCACCAUCGAGAUAGACCUUAGCAGCGGCGCCGGCGCCGUUGCAGAGUUCCAAGACAAAGAAGGCUACACCUAUCGGCUUGACGUGGAGGCCGGCGACCUAGCUCGUCAGGUGGUGGCCGUAUGUCCCGGGGCAUCCGGAGCGGGCGCGGAGGCGCAGGCGGCCCCCAUCUCGCGCUGCCUAACCCUGUUGCGCAGCACGGGAACCGAGUCGGCGGCCCCCGCCGCGGGUGAGCCCGAGGACGAGGCUGCUGCCCUGGAGCGGUUGGAAGACGCCCUGGCUGACAUGGAGGCUGCUCGGAUGGAGACGGAGGCCCUAGCAGUCGUUGAGGGGCGCGGCGUGCCUGGCUCUCCAGGGGCUGGUGCCGCAGCAGCCGGCGGCGGCAGUGGAGCCAAUGGGCAAAACGCGCCCGCGCCGGCGCCGGCCGUGGCGGUGGCGGCGGAGGCGAAGGGAACGGAAAAGAAGAAGGAGAAGGGCAAGGAGAAGGAUGGCAAGAAGCAUAAGGAUAAGAGCAGCAGGAAAAGCGAGGUGCCCAAAACGCCGGCGGCGACGGGAGCGGCAGCAGCAGCUCCCGUGCCUGCGGCAUCGGCGCCCGCUGCGCCGCCGGCGGUGACGCCAGCGGCAGUGCCGGCGGCAGCAGCCGACGGCGAGAAGAAGAAGAAGCACAAGAGCAGCAAGAGCGGAAAGCUCGAAACGCCGGCGGUGACGCCAGCGCCCUCGCAAGCACCCGCGCCCGCAGCAGCUCCAGCACUAACGGCACCUGCAGCUGUUGCUGCCGAUGGAGCUAAGAAGAAGGAGAAGGAGAAGAGCAGCAGGAAGAGCGAGAAGCACAAGACGCCUGCGGUGACACCUGCGGCUACUCCGGUAGCGGCGUCGCAACCAGCGGCAGUCGCACCCCAGCCCGCGGCGACGGCCGUGACGGCGCCAGCGGCGAUUCAGCAGCAGCCGGCUGUCUCCCAGGGUGCUACUGUUGCUACGUCUGCACGGCACACGGAUAAGAAGAAGGAGAAGCAUAAGGACAAGAAGAAGGAGAAGAAAGAGAAGAAGGACAAGAAGGACAAGAAGGAGGAUUCGGACAGCGACUAGAAGGGCAGCGGCAUGGGCGUAGGAGAGCAUGCACCGCCUUGAUGGGUGCAGCUACGGGCAUGUGCGGGCCGGCGCCUGAUUUCAUUGGGUACCGCCGCCGUACUUUCGCUUGCAAUUGAAGGGUUGCCUGCAAAGCGCCCGGUGCAUGCUGGAGGUUGGCUUGGGCAUCCCCAUAUGAGGGACAUCGGUGAUGAAUUUAAUGGCUUACUUCGCGGGUGGUAGGGUAAGAUGAUGCAAUCACGGCCUUGCGUUGGCUGUGUUAUCGUAGGUUAACAGGAGCUGGUAGAGAACAGAGACGGUGCUGUACGUGUGUCCGCAAAAGGACGGCGCCUGAGCAUGCAUUAAUAGCUGUAACGCUGGAGCUGGAAUUGUGCAGUGAGUGUGCUGCUUAACAACCAUGUCCGUAUGUGCUGCUUUGAUGGUAUGUGCCGACCGGCUUACAAAUAUGUACGGCGGUAUUAGCAGCAACUUCAAGGC